GGAAAACAAGUUUGACACAAAACUGGCAAUUACUGUACCUGCACUGUAGACUCUAAUAAUCCGGAAGCUGUGAUGGUCUUCGGGUGAUAAAUAUUUUCAUUAAGAUAACUUUAGUUUGUGAGGACCACGAAAUCAUUUUAUCUUGUAAAAGAAAACAUCUAUACAUAUUACAUGCUGUAUAUUUUGGAAAUAUGCAUUUGCCAUGGUAGAAACUUGAAGUUUAAUAUGAGGAAGGCAGCAUUAUUAACCCAACACUAAGUUUUUGUGUGUACUAAACAUAGAAAAGGAAAGAAAACUGGAGUUUUUGUAAAAAGUGAAAUUAUUUAAUAGUGCAAGAUGUCCUCAAAUAAAAGUGAAUUAAAGAAAUUAAGUGAAGAGAGUCUGACAAAGAAACCGGAAGAGGUGUUUGAUGUUUUAGAGAAGCUAGGAGAAGGGUCAUACGGGAGUGUAUUCAAAGCAAUGCACAAAGAAUCAGGGCAAGUGCUUGCCAUCAAACAGGUUCCCGUCGACACAGACCUUCAAGAAAUAAUCAAAGAAAUAUCUAUAAUGCAGCAGUGUGAUAGUCCAUUUGUUGUCAAGUAUUAUGGUAGCUAUUUUAAAAACACAGACUUAUGGAUUGUUAUGGAGUACUGCGGUGCAGGGUCUGUGUCCGACAUCAUGAGGAGGCGAAAUAAAGUACUAACAGAAGGAGAAAUAGCAACAAUACUGCAAUAUACACUAAAAGGAUUAGAAUACCUCCACUUCAUGCGGAAAAUUCAUAGAGAUAUCAAAGCUGGUAAUAUCUUACUAAACACAGAGGGUCAUGCUAAACUUGCAGACUUUGGAGUUGCAGGGCAGCUUACGGACACAAUGGCCAAGCGCAACACUGUUAUAGGUACACCUUUCUGGAUGGCGCCAGAAGUUAUUCAAGAAAUAGGUUACGACUGUAAAGCAGACAUUUGGUCACUUGGUAUAACAGCAUUAGAAAUGGCAGAAGGGAAACCACCCUAUGCAGAUAUCCAUCCAAUGAGAGCAAUAUUUAUGAUCCCGACAAAACCACCACCAGCAUUCCGCAAUCCAGAGAAAUGGACGGAAGAAUUUACAGAUUUUAUAAGCAAAUGUUUGAUUAAAGAUCCAGAAGAAAGGGCAACGGCUACAGAACUACUUCAGCAUGCAUUUAUCUCAAGUGCUGGACCGGUCAGUAUAUUGCGUGACAUGAUCAUUGAAGCUAAUAAUAUCCGAGAAGAUGAAAAAUUACGGCAUCAACAAAUGUUACAGAAUCCUAGUCUUUAUGUAUCUUCGGAUGAGGAUGAUGAUGAAGAUGAUGCUGUUAUCGAUGGAACGAUGAUCAAGAGGCCGAGCGGAGAUGAGGGAGUUGCAAUCGCGGAUGUUGAUUCCGACACGUUCAUUGCCCAUAGUGAUGCGAACACGAUGAUUGAAUUGGAAUCCAGUAUGGGAACAAUGGUGAUCAAUUCUGACGAGGAAGAUGAGACAGACUACCUUGAGAAUAUGGAUGAUACUAUGAAAAAAUUUGAUACAAACCCUUCAGCAAAUAAAGAAUAUCGUCCAUUAUUCAUGGAACAUUUUGAUCAACUUGAUGCCAAAAAGCAAGCAUCAAAAUCAGAGAAAUCUCCUGCUGAGAGUAAUGAUGUUGCUGCACCACCAACAGUGCCUGCGGAAGUGACACCGCCAGUGCUUCCUGUUCCUGCUGUCCCAGUCACAGAAGACAUCACUCCACCACAAAUCAUACCUGUACAGUACCAGAGACCUUACCCAGAUCAAGAUUAUGAAUUUAUAAAACAAUUAUCAUACGAUGAGUUACACAAAAGACUAGCAGACUUAGACCCAGAAAUGGAAAGAGAAAUAGAAGAAUUACGACUCCGGUACCAAGAGAAACGACGUCCAAUUCUGGAAGCAAUGGACAUUAAACGAAAAAGGCAACAGAAUUUUUAGCAUAUGCACUCUCUCUCAUAGCUACCAAUGCCCAGUCAUGUAGACUGGCUUAUUUCAUAUGCAGGAAAUUUGUCUAACAGGAGACUGAUUUUAUACCUAGAUGUAAUGGAAUUUCUGUACUGACUGUGGUAUACUGUAUGCUACCCCUUCAAUCACCAAUGAGGUGUGAUUAAAUACAUAUCAGCCUAAAACUGCAAGCAGUUGGUGGUACCAUUCCCCACAUACAACAAAAUCAGGGCAAUCCAUAGAAACUCUGUUGCUGUCCAACACUCUUCAUAACCAGGAUUGUGGGCUUAUACCAUUCAGACAAAUGCAAGUCGUUCUGGUACCUGAGUUAUUAUUAGGGAUUAUUUUACCUAGUAAUACAGUACAUUGCUAGCAUCCAUUUUUUUUUUAUAUGGAAUGAUAAAAACUUAUUGGAUUAUACCAUCAGGCCAUAACAAUACUAGCUGUUGCUGUUAGGGCUGAUAAAUUAGUUCGCACAAAAAACAUCAAAAGAUAGCUUCUAUUUAUUAUAUUUUUAGUUUAUGGUUAAAACAUAUUCGUAUUGUAUUUGGUAUAUUAUUUAUUUUUAAAUUGCAAAUAAAGAAAAUUCUUACAAAGAUCUGGAGGCAGAAGAGACAUGGAGAACUGUCAAAAUUUAAAAUUGCAAUAUUUAAACAGAUAGUAAAAUGAUGAUCAUAACCCUAUGGUCAUACUUUUGAGUGCCUCCUACUUGUAAGAUCCUGGAUUCACCCAAAAUGCUGUAACAUAACAUAAUUGAAUCAACCAAAUUUAAUUUCACUCUCUAUUUGUAGAUAAAUAUCUUGUACAGCAUGAGUUGUUGCAGCGCCUACUAAAUUAAAUAUAUUUAUACAAA